AGAGAUGAAGAGAAUGUCAACAGGAACUAGUCAUUUCGUAACCGGAACAUUUCAGACAACUCAGCAUCCGCGGGAGGGCGCCAGCAGCUGCAACAACGUAAACAAUAUGGCGACAGCAUCGGUAGGAAUGGCACAAUCCGGAGGAGUAAGACAGCGAUUUGUCGAAGAUGCUGAUCCUGAUUGGGACCCGACACUGCCAUAUGGAGGGAAGGUGUUCUUAGCAAGGAAAAAGAAAUCGGAUCCACUUCAUAUUCGUGCUGUUGAGGGGUUUGCUCUUUGUGUCACAAUCACGUUUGCAUUUUAUGCAUACUUCUACUUUGAUCACCUGCAUUUCCAUGUGACACAUGCGUAUGCCCAUCUGGGUUAUCCAUCAGCCCAGCAUCAAGUCGGACAAAGAUAUCUGCAUGGAAAAGGUGUUGAGAAAGAUCAUGAAAUGUCGAUGAAAUGGUUCAGGAAAGCGUCGGACCAAGGUCAUCCACAUGCAGCGUACAACUUGGCAGUUGGUCAUCUUAAAGGCAUGAAAACAGAUCUAAAACCAGGAGAAGCACACAAGUUGAUCCAUCAUGCUGCUUCGAAGGGCGUUAAGCAGGCACACAAAGUCCUCAACAAUGUCUGUACGAGAGGUGGAUGUUCUAAUUAAUGUAGUCAGGUUACCGACCUUUGUUGGACUCAUUUUUAAAUGAACGACAGUACACCAGACAAAUUUUUAUUUUGGGUUGGCGUGGUUGUUGGUGGUGUCAUUAUACAAUGCCUGUGAGAUGAAAAGCAUAAGGUAGUGAAUUUUUAUUUUUAAAUGUUUAGCAAUUUGUUAUCAAAAGUUUCAAUCAUUUAGAAAAAAAAUGCAUUUUGAACACAUUACAUACAUGUAAACUCUUCUCUUCACAAACCAUUGGCUCUGAUUUCAAAUAUUUUUACAGAAAUGUUCCAUUAUAUGUAAACCUUUUUUUAGAAUUACUCUUAUUUAAAAAAUAUUUUUUGAAUGUAUUAACUUAUAUGAACAGCUUCAGAAAGACACAAGCCAGAAAAAGUAUUUUACAUGUUUAAUUUUAUUUCAUGCAAGACUCCGUCCAACCGUUUUCAAAUUAUGCACAUGUGUUGGAACACAGACAUAUGAUUCGUGGCAGUGACAACGAAAUUUCUAUUAUGAUGUUUAUGAUUCUGUCUAUUUUUUUGGAGUGAAAGCAAACUUAAGAUGAUUCAUGAUUUUUAUUUAAACAUUCCAGCAUGUCACUUUUUUAUGAAAUUUGUUAAGAAAAGUCUUCUGUAUACUUAAACCUUACUGUAGAUACUUUUAACAAUUGUAUUUUACAUUGUGUAUUCCACAAUCCACCCUUGAUUAUAGUAAUUCCAAAACUAAAGGCCUGUUCGAUGAGCUUGUACUUAUUUUUUUGCUUAUUACAUGUAUGUUCAAACCUGUUGAUCCCUUUUGAUUUAGAUGAAAAAAGGUUUUUAUGUCAGAUGUUAGCCAUUAAUUUCCCAUAAAAGAUUAACCUUAGACUGUAAUUUGUUCAUUAAAAAAAAAACAUUUGCGUUCUCUUUUAAGUACAGCUUAACUAGUAUGUACACAUUUCUUUUAUGUUUUCCAAACUAAGAAAGUCAAGUUAUUGUAAUAGGCUGAUUAUCAUAGCUCUGGCGUCGAUGUUGGCAUUAUCAUCGUUGUUGUAGUGCAAAACUUUAACAAUGGCCAUAGCUAAAGACAUUGAAGGUAUUCAAAUCUGACUUUGUACACAUGUUGCCAGGGGCAAAAUGCAUAUGCAUAGAAAGGCCUGUUACUCCGGAUAUAUAAAUUGUUCAGUUAUGCCCCUGUUUCGAAUAAAAAACAACACAGUAGCGUUUGAUGCACAGCACUUUUGUUUGUAGUUUAAUCUCCAGUGUCUGUCAAAUAUAUAAGAUGCAAAGUAGGUCUGAGGAAUAUUACAUGCACACAUGUAUUGUAUAUGCAUUCUUAACUAGGCCGAAGUGAAUGAAUACCCGGUAGUUUGUUUGGCGUUUCCCAACUGACUCUCAAAAACUCUUGAAAUUAACGUUUUUUGGCCUGGUUGAUUGUCAUACUUUUUUCUCCUUUUUUUAAUUACAGAAUUAAGGGUUUAGGAAGUUAAAGAAACAAACAACACGUAACUUUAUUUCCACAAACAAACAAAAAAUGUUGGUAGGGUAACGCCAAGUAACACCAAACAACCAAUUUAUUAAAUGUAAUGUGUGCAUGUGAUUUUAUUUUAAAUUUAUUUUAUUUAUUUAUUUAUUUUUUCAUUUCAAAUCUAGUCAAUUUAUUUACAUCUUUUAUUUUUUGUUUGCUCAUGACUUUGUUAACCUUUGUAUUAUCAAUAUGCUUUGAAUUAUUAUCUUUGAGUUUAAAAUUGGUUUUAAUUUUAUGAAAUUUUAUUUAUUAAUUUAUUUGUUUUAAAAUGUUUAUGCAUAUAUAUUAUAUUCAUCGUUAAUAAUGGGUUUUUUGCUGAACCUUUUGUCAGUUUUACUGUACAUGUAUGCCUUGUGCAAAACAUUAUAUAAGUCUUUAUGGUUUUGCGAGAUUUGUAAAAGAUACAGAUUACUGAAAAUUAUCAAUGAUAGAUUGAUUUCUACUGCAUUCUCAUAAAAUAUUUUGUUAAAUUUUGGCUGGAGAUUUUAGACAUAUUUAUUUUAAUAAACUAUA